AUGCUCUACGCUGGUCGAGGAGAGGGUGCUGUUUCUCUCGAAGUGUCGAUCAAGAAGUGCGGUCAGACAAAACAAUGGUGCGCAGCACUGGAGUUGCUCCGCGAAGGGAUUCAAUUAAGUGUGCAGCUCGUCCCAGGCCACUACAUUGCGACCGUCGGCGCGUGCGCAAAAGGCGGGCAAUGGCAACACGCACUGUCGGUGCUCGGUGCGAUGCGAGAGGCGAAGCUGGAGCUGAGCGUCAUCUUCAGCUGCAGCGCUGGAAUCAGCGCGUGCGAGAAGGGCGAGCAGUGGCAGCGGGCGCUGGCGCUGCUGAGCGAGAUGUGGGAGGCGAGCCUGGUGCCCGACGUCAGCUCAUCUACAGUGCGCUGGGAUCAGCGCGUGCGGGAAGGGUGA